GGUUGUCAUUAAGAGCCGGGGGCCGGGGAUUUUCCUCAGCUACUAAGAGAGUGGGCCCCGGCUACUUUUAUUGGGAAAAUAGAAGAAAAAUAGAACCAAAAGAAAUCCCUAGCCAUUUGAUUCCCCGCCUACUUGUUGUAUUUACCCGGCAACUUGAAAUCUUAGUGACAACCCUGAUUUUGAUAGAAAAAAUGGUGACUUCUAUGUAGCUGGACAUAUGUCAUUUUCUAGAAAGAAAAAUUAUUUUUGGCUUUGUGGUGGUGAUCAUGCAGUCACCUUUUUAUAGGCAAAUGUUUGUUGACAUUGUUUGCCUCAUUAGCAUAUGCCUUUCAUUCCCUGAUCAAGCUUUUAAAAAAGAAUUUCUCUGAUAUUGAAAGAGCAUGGCAGUUUCAGUUAUCUGUGAAAUUUGAGGCCAAUAUACAAAAAAGUUUUGAGAAAUUAUCUUUGAAAAGGUUGAAACUUUACAAAGAAUGUAUAGGCUCAUUAAUGUUUUUGUCACCUGGCAAUUUCCAGUUUUCAGUGGCUGCUAUUUCUUUUGUUAUUGCUUGCAAAAAGCUGAAAAGUGCACAAACCACUCAAAUUAACCAACUCUUUCAACUUUUUAAUUUGAUUUGUGCAUAUGGUUACACCUUCUGUGGGUUAACUCUUAUGCUAAUGAGUAAAGAUGUAAACAAUAACGUCAGCAAAGAUUUGCCUAUUACAUAAAAACCGGUACAUACCACAUGUACUUAUACCGUGCUUCAUUAUUGUUUAGUUUUUUUCAGUGGUGUUUACCUCUGCAUUUCUAUUUUAAUUGUUGUAGCACUUUUACAUUUCUAAAUAACGCUUGUCUUCACCUUCCUUUUUUAAGAAACAACCACCGAAGAUGAAGUGAUUGCCAAAGAGGAUGAAGACAAGAAGACAGAUGGUAAACAAAUUUUGUCAUUUCUUUUCUCUUUGUAUUUGGCAUUUUUUGUAGUUGUGAUGCAUGUGAAGUUUUUAACAAGCCUACCUCCUUGUAGACUCUAUCAAAACAUUGGGCUCUUUGUUGGCACAGUUUCAGAAUAAUUUAUAAGCAGACGCUUUAUCUUGCAGUUACUCCUCUAAAAGUAGAUAACACCCAUUGAGCAAUAUGUUUUGCAUGUUCUUGUACUUCUUUUGUUCAGUUUUAGUGGAUAGCAGUGAAUGCCAUUGUUUUUAGUUCCCUCGGGUAUAAACAACUAGACUGCUGUGCCUGAAAAUGAGGUUGAUAGAAGGUAUGUUUGCUUGUAAAUGAGGCUGCUUGGCAAUGUACCACUGAAUCAAUGCUAUAUUGCUCGCAUUUUCCAAAAUUGGUCAACGCCAACUGCUUAUGAAGAGUAAGCCAGGGUAUUUUAACCAAUCAGAAACUCCAAAUGUUUUGAAUGAGUAAUAAUAAGUUUUGAUUGUGUCUUUGUUUAUCACAGAUCAACAAGAUGUCAAUGAUGCUGAUGCUGAUGAACAGGGCGAUAAAGCAGAGGAGGAGGAGGAAGAGGAAGAGGAGGAAGAGGUAACCUGUUUUCAUUUUAUUACUACAACAGUUUCUGUGACAGAUUGCUGAUUAAAAGAAGACACGUUAUUGAAGUGGCAGAUUCAGAUCUUCAAGUGGAGGGGACGGGGUGGGUGCUUGUCUAGAUGCCCUAAGAAAAGAGCAGGGAGGGAAGGGUGGCCUCACAAUUUACUCUUGACUUCUUAGCCCUUCGAUGGGGGGAGGGGGGACUACAUCCUAGUAAUAGGCUAAUGUGAAUGUGCCACUGGAUGGGGUCGCCUUUUCACAGCUGGAUUGACUAUGAUGGGGUUACAUUUUCAAUGGAGUUACUAGAAUGGGGUUGCACAUUUUCAGGAUUUUGGGGGUCGGAAAAUUCGGGUAGGUAAAGUUUAACAAAUGUGACUAAGUUGGGAUAGUGAAAAUUACAUUUUCCCAAAAGUGGCCAAGAUGUUGUCUAUAAUUGGCUACACAAUAGACUAUAAUGGGGUAGGGGUUCUGAGAGGCUAGCGGCACAUACCCAUCAAGAAUUAGCCCAAGUACCCCCCUCCCUGGGGGGCCCCUUCACCCACACCUACAUGAAGUUGGAAAUUUUGUGUGCAAACGUCAUCAAUGAGAAUGCUCUCUUGUUAGGUUAAGGACUCUUGGGAUGUGGAUUCUGAUGAUGAACCUGAGACUCAAUCACAAGGUCUGCUGUGUUAUUAAUUAAAAAUGUAAAAAUGUUAUUGCUGGUUUGUUUAUCACGGGCAGAUCUAGGAAUUCAAGCCAGUCAGGUAGGGAAAGUUGUAGGGGUUGAAACCAAUUCUCAAGGUUGAAACUGUUUUUCGUACGUAAUAAUUCUCAGCUUUCAGUUACAACAGAAUACCCUGCCACUUCGAAGCUGUAUCCCUGAAAGAGCUGGAUAUGUGGAUACACAAUUAUCGCUUUAUGUGCCAUUCUACCUUCAGUGGUUUUAAGAAAGACAAAAUAGACAUACUGUACUGGCUUUAUAUGCUGUCUUAAGGGUAUAUCAAAGUGGAUAUGCGGAUACAUGUAUGCAGUGAUUAUUAUUUAAAAGAUAUUUACUAAGCGGAUAGGCAGAUACAUGGAUGCGUAGUGACAAAGUGGAUACGCGGAUAUGUAGUGACUGAGCAUCUGCUUAUCCACCUAUCCGUUAGGGGUUGCUUUAAAGUGGCAGGGUAAUCUGCAGUUAAGCCCGCCUUUCCCUAUCCUUAUUUUCUUGUAGACCUUGUUGAAAGCAAACUUAAACAAAAGGGCUAAGGUUAAGAGGCUAAAUAAUGCACUAGUUUUGGAUUUUUCAUACCAGUGCCCUGUCAUUUCAAAGGACAAUUUUUGCUUACUUUCGUGACAGCUUCCUUGGCUAAAUAACAUCUAACUGUAUUUCAACUGUCAAUAGAUAAUAAUCUCACUUUUGAGUCAAAUCACCCAGUUACUGAAGCGUGCAAUGAAUCGGUUGUGUGUAAGUGUUACAGGUAAAUACAGUGUAAACGCCUUACUUUAAAUUUGUCUCUCAAUCCGUUGCAGAUAUUAAAGCACCAGAUACUGUCAAGGUACAGUAAUAAUUGAUACAAAGUUGCACUGUAAUUUCAGUUAUUUCUAGUGUACAUUUAUUUGGCACAUUAUCUUUUGUUACAAGGGUAAAUGUUUCUCUAGCUCCCUAACCCCACCCCACUUCACGCCCGCCCCCCCACCUUUCAGCUUGUAAAAUCUUAUAUCUCAAAUAAUUUACACUUUAAGAGUCUUGAAGUGUUAUCUGUUGUCCAAAAUGUAUUUUGUUUCUGACUAGUAGCUGUCUCACGUUUUAUUAGUUUAACUGGAACAUGAAUCUGUUAUUUCUUCAUUAGUAACAUGCCCCUCUCGACUUUCUGCUCUCCCUUCUCAAGCUAAACAAAUUGUAAUUGUGACUUAAUCCUCGUUUUCCCAUUACUCUACAGGCCAUUUGCACGAUUGCGUUAUUUUGCUGCUACUACCAGAAUCCUUUAGGGUUUUGUUUUCUUUUGAAAAUGAGGGCCCCGUUCCUGAAAGGCCAAUUAACGUUAAUCCGGGAUUAAAUUUUUUUUCCGUUCUCGUAUUUUACAUUCCUAUGCAUUGCUUAGGGUAACAUUUUGUGUUAUCAUUACUGUAUCUCGUAGUAAAGGCUCAACAGUAUUAAAUUUUUUGUAACCUCGAGUUGUUCUUAGACGAGAAAACUGUGCUUGAAAUUUGGCUUAAUCCUGGGUUAAACUUAACCAUCUUUCAAGGAACCGGGCGUAGGGCGUUUGUUAUUUAAACCUCACUGGGAUUACCGAAUUUAAAUAUGAAAGGAAGAACGAAAUGAAUUAUGGUCUUAGUAGUAAAAACACGUCAUCGUGCAAAUGGGCUUUUUGCUUUUCGAUAAUUAUUGUUUGAAAUUUGGUUACUCUAACUGUGCAAGUCAACAAACCAUGAACAGCUUGAUUUAACUUCGAAAAGUCAAUUGUGUUUUGACCAAUCAUAGUAAAGUUUAGGACACGCAAGUAAACCUCAAAACUGCAAAUUAAUAGACCGAUUCCGAAUUAAAAUUCAUACUUGGCUCCGAAAUCGUCUUGAGGCUCAGUAAUAAGUAAUACAUUUCUUUCGUUUUAUUCCCCCAAACCUCGGAGCCAAGAAUGAAUUUUAAUAUAAUUUAUCGAAAUGCUGUUUGCAGUUUAGUUUUCUCAUGCCUGAUUUAUCCUGGAACACAGCAGCAUUCCAGUUCGGUUCAAUUCAGUUUUAUUUAACACUUAAACUCAUCGCUAAUGAUGAGCUUGGGAGCUGGUGCCUUAAAGGUUAGUGGGGGGCCAAAUGCAAUAAGCAGAGAGGAGGUAUCCAUGGCAACCCUGGAAGCGGGAACCACCCCAAGAGCAGCCACUAACCGGCACCGUCACACUGAAUGAAUUCAGUUGAGAUACUUACCUAAGAGAAUACUUACCUGAGAAAAUACUUACCAAACCACCAGGCAGGGAGGGAGGAGAGGGAGCAAGAAUCCGCAAUGAUACGCAAGAAGGCAAACAUUGAUCCGCUACUAUCAGCAAGAAUCCGCAAUGAUUCGCAAGAAGGCUAAAAAUGAUCCGCUACGAUCAGCAAGCAAAGCUACAAUGCAAAGCAACACUAGCAAAAGGGCACACAAGGAGCCCUGCAAUUCCCCGCGGGCCGCCCCGUAGGUCACAUACUGAAGUGGGAGAAGACUGCUGGCCAACUCGCUCGAGUUUAACUUUGCCUAAAUGAUAUUUAGCCACAUAAAAACAAAGGAAAAGAAUACAGGAUUACACAGACGCAAAUAAAUGUGGUGAGGAAGCCCAAAAAGAAACCAUAAGGCUUAUGAAUAUUGGGCUCCCUCAGAGUAUAAAAGUAUAAGUUUUCAAGGCAAGGAUAGUAGCAUUUACUGAGUAAUAAUAUUAAAUGACAAUGAUAAAGGUUAUUUUCUGUUGUUUUCUGAGUUUCAAAGAAUACUUUCUUCUGAAGGUGGAAGUCAAAGAACUGGCAGAAGGUAAAGCGGAAAGCGAAGGAGAGUCAGAAGAAAGUGAUGAGAGCGAGGAGGAAAGCGAAUCAGAGGACGAAGAAGAUGAAGAUGAGGAGGAAGGAAGUGAAAGUGAGGAGGAAUCUGAAGAGGAAGACAAAAAGACAGAAACAGUUUAUGAAAGAAUACAGGUACUAUAAAACUCAGUAUUAAUUUCUCAGCCAGACCCUCUUACAGGAUUUUGAAGUAACAGACAUACUUCUGAAAGCACCGGACGCGAAAUUUUUGGCGGUGCAGGGCGCCUUGCGAGCGUCAAAGGCGCAAGCUACCUAGGGGGGUCAGGGGGUAUCCACCCAGGAAAUUUUUAAAAUAGAACAUUUAGAAACGCUGUUUCCCAUCGUUUCUUAACCCAAGAAUCAGUUUCCCAGGCAAGGCUGGAGUUCACUCAAAUUCUCUUUAAAAAGUAAAAUUUUAAAAGAAAUUGGACAGUCAGUUGGAGAAUGACAGCAACAUAAUUUUCAGUUGUUUAUCAUUGCGAAUUUAUUUUUUAUUGAUUUUCAAAAAAGACAUAAGGUAACUGAGGUUGUAAGCUUUGCCAUUUCAAUUUCUUUUAAAUGAAAAGGGAAAACAAUCAAACAGCAAAGACAUUUAAUUGCUUAUUCUGUUAUCCUCUAGUCAGUAAGUUCAUGAGUUGCUUAAGUAAAACAAAUAUUAUAAUGAUAAAAAAAAAAUUUAAAAAAACCCCUAAAAUAUGGGCAUGAAAGUCACGGUGCCGGACAUAGAAUGGCAAACGACCGGACGAAACAUCCGGCCUCCGGCCUCAAAGGAAAACUCUGCUCUUAUGUCAUUUUUACGAUGACAACAUUUGACUGCAACUACCAGAAUUCAGUUCGUUUCUCCUUUCUUUAUUAAAUUUGCCAAUCUCGCUGAGGUUAAAAAGCAAUAGCCCUAAUUUGCAGAAAAAAACAACAAAGAGGAGGAUUCUGGUAGUUGUUGUAAAAUGACGUCAUCUUGCGUUUGUCCUAUACCGACACCAAAGUUGGAGGGUCCAGCGUCUGCUUUUUACAAGUGUCCGUCCGUAGAGGCAGGAACUGUGUGGAACUGGGGAAAGGGAAUGGUCUUUAAAUUUUGGGGAUGAAGUAAACUCAAAAUAUUUCGUGUUUUUCAGAAAAGACGAGUACGAGCGGAAGCUAACCGAUCCACGGACAAUCUGCGAUCUCCAGUCAUCUGUGUACUGGGACACGUGGAUACUGGAAAAACAAAGAUUUUAGAUAAGGUAACUGUUAUGUGAUCCAGUUUCCACUCCGUAACGGAUUACCACAGCGGUCGUGGUGAAUGCGAAAACGGGGUCAAAGACAUAAAUCAUAUAUUUGAGAUUGUGUGAGAGUUUUUUUGCUAUUGUACCGUGUGUUAUCGUGCUCUCUUUGUGUUUUCGUUCACUCGUUACUCGAUCUUUGGCUAAGUUAUCCGUGAUACUGAGCGAGAAAAACUUCCGAAACAAAUAAAAUGUUUGCCAGCUAUUGCAAAUGAAAGGGUAAGGUCUUUCAUGCACUGCGAAAUUUCUUUAGCUUUAAAGGAGCCAUAUAAUCGCGGAGCCAACUUUUUGUUUCUUAUGAAAACGAUUCGCCAAGUUUUGUAAGGAAAUUAAAUGCAGGAAAAGUUGGAUACCCCAGGGUAGCUCGGAUAGGCGAGUGAUCCUCCACUCGGGACAAGUUUUCCGGCUCCAUAUUAACGGGGACCUUAGCUGAAUCGCUCUAACCGGCACCAUUCGUCGUAUUACAGAUCCGUCACAGUAACGUGCAAGAUGGGGAGGCUGGUGGUAUUACACAGCAGAUCGGAGCUACUAUGGUGCCUGUGGACGCCAUAAGAGAACAGACCAAGAUGAUCAAGGAUGUAAGCUCCAGAUAAACCUUUUAUUUUUUCGAAUUUACACGUAAAUGAGAAGAGCUAAAAUUAUGAUUGGAUUUUCGGGAAGCAGCGAAUAAUGACAAUUCUGUUCCUUUUUUAACUCUCCUUCUAUCACAAUUUCUUCGAUGAAUGUCAACAGACAACAUUUUCUAAAACGAAGUUUUCAACCCUCACUCUAUAUUUCGUUAUACGUAUUUCAGUUUCAAGAUUUUGACAUCAAGCUUCCUGGUCUACUUAUCAUCGAUACUCCUGGACACGAAUCUUUCAGGUCAGUAAUUGAGUAAAUCAGCGUAGUUAGGUGGACCAUUACCUUUGUUCAAUUCAUUGCCAUACUUUGAACGUGGACUGUUGCCAAUUCUGUGCUAAAGUUAUUACCUACUUCCUUUACCCACACACAAAGUGCUCCUUUAGAGUUAUCAAGAAAAUAUCAAACAAAUUCCACCAGAGAGCUCUGACCAUAACAUUUUUGGGUGACUUUUCCAGGCAUAGCAUUAACCUUUUAAGCUCCAAUAUCCACAUACAAAUUCUCCAAACUGAUCUCCAUACAUUUCCUUAAAGAAUUAGUUGAGAGAAUUUGUUCAAAGAUCAAAACAUUUUCCUUUAGGUGAUCAUUUUAUUAAUUCUCAUAACCUUUUCUCUUGAUUAUGUAUUGAUAUUGUGAGGAGAAUAUUGAUAUUGGUCAGUCACUUGUGGGACUUAAAGGGUUAAAACUUGAAUAAGUUAGCCCAACUUUUUCUCAAGUUUCAAUCCAAGUCCAUCCUUGCCAUCCCUAAUAACAGAGGAAAGGAAACAGCUUUAAAGCCUAAAUAUAGUCUUAAAUAACAAAACUGGACUAUUAGUUUUGGAAUCCAAUUGAUGUUCGCGAAGACACGUUUAAGCUUUUCUAAAAGAUAGCAGAUAAUGUGAUAUAACCCCGUUAAGCCGGUAACUGACUGUGUUGUGUCUUUCAGUAACCUCCGUUCCCGAGGCUCAAGCUUGUGUGAUAUGGCAGUCUUAGUGGUCGAUAUUAUGCAUGGAUUAGAGCCACAAACUAUCGAAUCUAUCAAUCUGCUGAAGAAGAAAAAGACGCCGUUUAUAGUGGCACUGAAUAAGGUUUGCUUUUUUCUUCCAUUUUGUAACCAUCAAGUGGCUGUUUUCUCGAAGUUAGUCAAUCUUUUAUACUUAAGUAAAGAAAACAAAAAAAAAGUAAUUUGCAGUCACUUCGUUGACCCGUUUUCGCCACUUUAAAGACGAGAAGGGAACUGGAACCGAAAUGUGCCCCGCAAUUGUUUUUGGGAUCGUUACCGGGGACGCGCAGGUCAGCUAUAGAGAGGAGAAGUUUGACGUUACGUUACCAUGGUAGCAAAAUUUCUGGAAAAAAAUUCUCAAAACUUCUCCUCUCUAUUGGCUGAUAUUUUCCCUCUCCCUAGUAACAGUCCAAAAAGUCUUUGCAAAAGUUAACUUGGCCCGGUGUCCUCGUUUGUAAAGUGGCGAAUGAAACAUGCCGUUAUACGAAAUAUGAUGGUGAUUCUCAAACUGUAUUAGACAGGCCUUAACGUCAUAGUGCCUAUCAGGACUGUCAGGACUGUUCUUAGACUGUUCUUAGUCUGUUAAUGCAGUGUUUCCUAGUUAUCGUAUGGUAAAAAAAAAUUUCGUCAGAAUAUUGGCCAUUUUCUUUCAUUGACCUCGUUUUUCUUGCAAGCUAUUUGCCUCGUUUCCACGAAAAACAUGUGACAUCUCAUUCGUUCUGCCUUACCUGAAAAUCAUGAAAUGUCACGCACGAAUUGGAAUCUUUAACGUUUUUUAUUAACCUGCGAUUAUACUGCUAGUUUUCAAGCAGCAUUUCACAUUAAUGUACUCUUUUCAAGAGCAGUCAUGUAGGCAUCCGUGCACCCUCGAUUCUUAACCUAACCUCAGAUAUAAACUACUACGUCCGCCCCGACAUUUAUGUGCCUCUGGCUUCUGGAUUUAAUUUACACUGUGCCGGUUUUAAAGGUGGACAGGUUGUUCGAGUGGAAGCGAGGCCCCAAUUCAGGUAUUGUGGAUACUGUUAAGAAGCAAAAGCGGAACACAAAGCAAGAGUUCGAUGAACGAGUUCAAGUAGUUUUGAAAGAGUUUUCUGAACAGGUGAGUGAAUAUGCAACUUCCUGUAUAGGCGAUUUGUCCGGUCAAACCUCUCGGUCGUUCGGGGCCCGUACAGAAACUAAGGGAGUUUAAAAUGGUAUUUGUCAGGUCUAAAAGUAGGAGAAUUUGAGUGUGAAUCAUGGAAAGUCCCGAAAAUAAAUGUUCCUGUAGCACAAUCACUAAUACAGCGUUCUGUUUGAGCCACAAAGUCAGUAGACUGGUCAUAGAAAACAUGAAAAAGACCAUAGAAAAGGCCAUAUGAAAGAAGAAAAGAGCGACCGCAAUUUCUUGGGGUUUUAUUUGUCUUGUAAAACAAUAAUUCCUUUCGUAUUUCCGCCACCUUGCUUCGUUUCUCUCCGAAAGCCUUUUGAUUUAUAUCCGGUGAUUUUACUAAAGAAGAAAAAAUCGGACUGAAGGGUCCAAGAAGGGACAAUCGCCUUAAAACUGUUUUAAAUCGCCUUCUAACUACAGUCGAACAACUGUUACCGAUAAAUAAGGAUUGUUUUUCCCCAGGCGCUGAACGCAGCAUUGUUCUACAACAAUCCAGACCCGAGGACUUACGUGUCUUUAGUCCCCACCUCUGCUCACACAGGAGACGGAAUGGGAGACCUCAUAUCUCAAGUCGUAAGGCUGACUCAAACAAAACUGGCUCAGAGACUGUCAUUUUCUGAAGAACUGGAGAGCAUGGUACUAGAGGUGAGAUAUUGAGUAGUUUUAAUUAGAGAGCUUUAGAUUCAAAAACGAGAACGUCUUCGAGGACGAGAUUUUUUCAAUACUAAGUAGUGCGCGCGUAGUGAACCAGCGUCAUUUUGGCGGGAAAACGUGUUCGUCGUCGUCAUUCUACUACGAGUUUUAGCGAGAAUGUCGUAGUGGGGGAAGCAAGUUAUCAAAUGUUAGAAAUUCUAUCAUUUUGAUUUUGCAGUCGGGACAGGGCUAAACCUCCUUUAAUAAAGACAACAGCGCUAACGUUUCUGGUGAAUAAAAAGUAGGGGUGUCUUUUUUUGAGAAUACGCAAAAAAAACUUUCGUUGAAACCUUGUCCUCGAAGUCGUUCUAAAAGGUCUCUAUUCAGUUGUCUCGCCAUAUCGAUAUCAUGUGGAGUUACGACAAAUUUGGAAGGCGGAAACAUCCUUAUAAGGAGUGAGUUUCCAACCCAAUCCUUUGCACGAUCGUUGGACGAUUACCAUUUGUCGGAACUGGCCUGGAUAGUCUGCCAGAUCAGUAUAAGUCGUAAGGAGAAGUGUUAGUCACUGCCGUUUUUCAGUCAUUUUACUGCAAAUAUGCUCUCUUUAAGACGGAAACCUCUCAAAGACGGACAACGGAUACCUUUGAAGCUGUCAACAGACAAUUGGGAAGUGCUUCAUGAUAAUGUAGUGAAAAAUAUACCUUAAAACGGAAAUGCAGGUGUUCUACAUGACAGUAAAUUUAUUGCAUAAUGUUAGAUAUUUUGUAGUCUUGCUCCAGUUGGAAGAGUGCAUACUGUUACCCCGCCAAGCCGUGAACGUUUGCUUGGAAUGAACUUCUGAUUGCACGAUAAGAAAAUAAUUCCACUUCUCUGUUACUAUGUUCCAAUUUUAGUUGUUUUGUACAAGUUAAACAGACGUGUAUUCAUUGCAAAUAUUUUCAGCCCUAAAAUUACUGAUGUCACGUUCCUUCGGCUUUCUAUAAACCGGACACCUCUCCACGACGGAUAGUCAGGGCCGGUCCCGAAGGUCUCCGUCUUAGAGAGAGUUGACUGUAUUUUAUUUUCAAAAUUACCUCAGUACGGCGGGCUAGUUUAGUUGACUUCUGCUAGGCGCCCGUAGUUUCACGUGCGAUGUUUGACUAUCAGAGCAAGGGGUCAAAAUGGCGGUUCUUGUUGCUGCACUUCUGAUGUCACAAUAGCUAGUGCAGUACGUUUUUCACAACAGAUAUCAUACUCUCUUUGAAUUGGGUUGCAGCUUGCGUCGUAAAUAAGGAUGGACAGGUGUGCGAAUUCCGUCAACGUCAAACGAUUAGAUACUUAUAUUUUCUAUUUUGAUGAGUAAACUGAAAUCACAUGUCCGCGGUUUACGGUUUUUCCUUUGCUUUUUGCGUCUUUACACUGCAUGUAAAACCAUCCAUGACAUUACUUAAAUUUUUAUUUCAGGUAAAAGCCUUACCAGGCUUGGGUACAACAAUAGACGUAAUCCUCGUUAAUGGGAAGCUAAAAGAAGGGGACACAAUAAUUGUGGCAGGAAUUGAGGGCCCUAUUGUGACUCAGAUAAGGGCCCUUCUCACGCCUCAGCCCCUGAAGGAACUCAGAGUCAAGAACCAGUAUAUUAAUCACAAGGAGCUCUGCGGGGCCCAAGGAGUCAAGAUAGCUGCGAAGGACUUGGAAAAGGCGCUCGCUGGAAUUCCAUUGUAUGCUGCUCAACAACAAGACGAGGUAGACUAUUUCAAGGUCAGUAGGGUGAAUCUCUUCUUUUUCUUCCUCUUUGUUUGAACGUUUUCAAAGGACAUUCGAGUUCUUUUCUAUUCCGUUAAACUUUCUAUGUACACCUGGACAUCCUCACGACGGCCGUAAUCAUCUACGUAAAGUUCAACGGACAUUUUCUUGCAAGCCAGUAACGUAGCUUGAGUGACAGGCGCUCUGUCUAGUAGUCUUAGUAAAGAUUUAGUAAAACUUCAUAAACGUGCUAUGCACAUUGUCUAUCUCGGGCAGCGAGGGAGCUGGAAAGCAAUUUGCCACUUUUGAAACGAGAGGUGAACUGGAGCCGAAAUGCGUCCCGCAUUUUUUUUGGGAUCGUUACUGGAAACGCGCCGGUCAGCUAUUGGUCAUUUUUUUUUUACUUGAUCCUAGUAACAGUCCCAGAAGUAAACUCGGCCCAAUCAUAUUUUCAAUUGGUGCCAACCUGUUCCACGAGAUCUGCGCAAACUCAACACACAGUCUCCGCAAAUAACUCCCGGAUAUACGUAUACUCAAGUAUUCACUACGAAGGCAGAGAACUAUUAUCAUACCGAGAUGCAAAACGAAAAGAUACAAGAACAAGCCAUGUUUUUAUAGCUUAUUAUUCGAUUUGGAGCAGUUUUUAUCUCAACUUUUUUACAUUGACUCAUCUUUUUUAUUCAGACUUCAUGAUUCAUUUUCCUUUCUAAUCAAAUUUAAAUCUUAACUCAAUUCAGCAUUUGGCUUGAAGUUGUAAGGUAAUAGAGCGUCCAUCUAUCUUGAAAAGAAGGAGAAAUGGAAAACUUUGGGUGCAUGCGUGAAAACGCGAAAUGUGCCCCUCGCGUUCUCACUCGCCCGUCGCGCGGCUGAUUUUCUCUUUCUCUACCACGCGAAAUUACAUUAACGCUGAACCCCAAUUGACUUUUCAACCAUUUGGCAGUCGCUGCCAUAACCUCCUGUGGUCUGUGUUUACCCCUGUACUAACACUUGUCCUCUUCAAUACUGUGGUAUCUCGCGCAACUCUCUCUACCAGUGAGGUGUCUAUCACUGUAACGGUGUUUAUGUUGCUCUUGCCUCUCAACAGAACGAAGUGUCAAGCUUUCUCCGUGACACACUGCAGUCUAUCAAGCUGUCUGACCGGGGUGUGUACGUACAGGCCUCUACUCUGGGAUCUCUAGAAGCCCUGCUUGAGUUUCUGCGCACUGAGAAAAUUCCUGUGAGUACAGUAUUCUUUGCAUCUCAUAGUUUCAUAUUACCAUUAGUCUAUCCCGUUGAGUCAAUUAAUUUCCCAGAAAGAAGACCCUGGAAUGAGAAAUUUAUAAAUUUUAACGCUUUCACUUAGAGUCAUAAAAGUUCAAAAAGUUAAAGGUUUUUUUUAAUAGUUUUUAUAUUAGAGAGUGCACUUAGCUUAUCCAGCUAAUCCAGCAAUUGACCAGAGCGGGAUUCGAACCCGGGACCGCCGGAUUGCGAGUCCGCCGCGUUGACAACUCGGCCACGUUGCCUCCAUAGCUUUAUCUAAAUGCAGCAUCCUCGUGCCCAGGGCUGAGGUUGUUAAUCCUGUUGUGUUCCCAUUCAAGUCAAAACUUUUCUAUCUCGGUUUUCUAUCACAGUGCAAUGUUUAGCGAUGUUUUAGAAAAUGAAACGUGUAGGAGUUUUUUUUUUCAGCUGUGAGGUUUAACACUCUGGGUAUGGGAAAGGUUAAGAACUCUCUGUAUGAGUUUUGUAUUCAGCUGUUGUGGCCCUGCCUGUCUUACGAUGUGUUUGCUCUAUUUAACAGUACUCUGGAGUUAAUAUUGGUCCAGUUCAUAAAAAGGACAUCAUGAAGUGUUCCACCAUGUUGGAACAUGACGGACAGUAAGUUCUAAGUUUUCAUUUUGCUUUGUCUUCUUUGUAUCCCACAUUCAAGUCAAAGAAUAGUCCAGUUUCCGUGGAAUCAAAGACUCAAGACUAAAGAAGCAUUUUUAAGUAAAGAAAUCUCGUAAUAAUGUAUUAAUGUUCACAAAGGCUCGCGAGGAGGCGGACUUGUUUCUUUGCGCAUUUUUUUCUGUAGGUUCGUUGAAACGAACCCGGAUUAAAAUUGUUUGUUGAUGUUUUUACGUAGCAAUAAUUUUAUGUUUGGAUCCACGGUUUGUUUAAGAGCGAACAUAGAGUAUUGGUUUGACAGAAGGCAAGAGCGCCUUUUAAGUGUAGUGCGUCUCAUCCAGAUAGGUUCGCAGUGACCAGAGAGAAAGGAAGUUUUGUGCACUUAUCUGGAGUAAAACUCCAAAGUCCUCUACUGGCCACUUGUACGCUAAUGUAGCUUUAAGGUCAUUUCGCCCCGGUUACUUAGCCCCCUAUUUUAGAACGAGGAAUAUUAUAUUUGAAGUUUGCUUGUUUCGGUUUAUGGCUUAAAAAACGAGGAAAAUUACGUUUGACGCAUGCUUGUUUUGCUUCACGGAUUCUAGAACGAGAAACGUUACAUUUGAAGUGCGCUAAAUGACUCGAAAAUAGGGGGCUAAGUAACCUGGGCGAAAUGACUUGGGGGCGAAAUGACCGAUUUCCGUAGACGUCGCUAACGUGUUAUUGUGUAGCCUGCGUAGCUAGCAGUAUUUUUCUGCGUGGGGUACUUUCUUCGCGGGAGAGGCGCGAGGGAUUUUCGCAAGGGGCGCGGCAUUCGCCCAUUAAUUCUCCCAGCCACACAGUUUAAUUUUGGUGGAAAGCAACCUUAACUUUGCCUUAACGAUACUUGUGUUUCAUUCUAGAUAUGCCGUUAUUCUGGCCUUUGAUGUGCGGAUAGAGAGAGAAGCGCAAGAGAUGGCCGACAAUUUGGGUGUGAAAAUCUUCUCUGCCGACAUCAUCUAUCACUUGUUUGACAAAUUCACUGCUUAUAGGGAUGUAAGUACUAAGGUUUCAAAUUGACCUUAUCCAUCUUAGCACACGCUCUAGGAUAAAUGGAAUGAAAGCAAUGUCACGUGGUAUUUCAGGGGGUAAACAAGUGAUGAAACUUACGGGCAAUACGAGCAAUCGCGGUCGAGUUUGUUUAUUCUUUCAAAACGAGACAACUAUGUUGUUCAUGUAAAAUUUACAGCUCGAGUUUUUAGAAGUUUUACGUCUUUUCUCGCUUGCUCUAAGGACAUCUAGGGUCGCUACUGCGUCCAAAAAAGAUAAUUUCACCCAUAAUUUGCAAUUGUUUUUUCAUUGUGUAGAAUAAACGAACUCGACCGCGUUUUCUUGUACUGGCAGAUUUUUUCACUUGUUUGCCUCAUGAGAAACCAUAUGGCAUCGCUUUUAUUCCAUCGGUGCUUAAGCGCGUGCAAAGAUGGCGGGUAUCGUGAAUAAGGUCUUUUGAUGACGAUGAUGAUGAUGAUGACGAUGAUGAUGACGAUGAUAAAAAUAAUAACAACUUUAUUCAAAGAAGGUAGCGCUUUGUAGUACAAUACUGACAAACCUGUGCCCCUCCCUUAAAUUAGAAUAGAAACUGAUUUUCAGAUAUAUUUACAAUAACAUCCCCCAUACCUCAUAUAAUUGUUUGUCAUUGAUAGUCGUUCUGUCGCUUAAGUUUUAUGUUUUCUGUGCACUCAAGCAGGUAAUAAGUAAGCCUAUUGAUGUAAGCUCGCAGCGUCCUUAGGUUUUCUUGUCACAUUAACUUGUAAUUUAAUCAACACCUUUUAUCCAAUGUUUCAAUGUUAUGUUAUGUUCUGUGAGUGACUAAACAAACAAAUAAAUAAAAUAAAAUAAACACUCCUCUCCGCACGAUAAGACGUCGCUUGACGACACAAAGAACGCUUGCUUAAGAGGCUACGCCCAGUGAAGCUUCACCCCUUUAGCCAGGUGCUUGUCUCGCACUGGGUUUGCCAGGUCGUAAUCCGUGGCGCACCUGGGCAGUUGAUACCGAUCACUUGAUCAACAAAUGAAUUUCUUUCCCUAGGAAUUGAAGCAAAAGAAACGUGAAGAAUUCAAACACAUUGCAGUAUUUCCUUGCAAGCUUCGAAUCCUUCCUCAACACAUCUUUAACUCGCGAGGUCCGAUUGUUAUGGGUGUGUCAGUUGAAGCUGGUGUUGUGAAGGAAGGUACUCCUAUAGCGGUACCAAGUAAGGAGGUGAGUCUUCUUUAAAACUUUCCUAAACCUCAGACGCUUUCUUAAGGUCAGGGGAAAAUACUAAAGCGAAGUAAACAGCAAGUUUGGCAAGCUCUAUGAUUAUAUUAUACCCUCAGCAAAAUCAGGUAGUAUAGAGGAAUCUGUUUCGGCAUGAAUACUUAAAAAUGUUCCUACUACGGAAAUCAGCAGUUCAUGUCAUAUUGUGCUAAAAAGUCAUGGUUUUCAAACACCUUUUCUUGCCUGUUUUUUCACGGGGCUUUCGAGAAACGAGACCAAGAAAAGAGUGGUGAUAUUAACGGGCGGUGGGUUGGCCGGGUUCCACUGUACCACACUUAAGCCCCGUAAAAACGGACGUGACAUUGUUAGCCAACAACUCACAAUCUUGUUGGAUGUUACAUGUUGCGUCCGUUUUGCAUGUUGUUGUAGGUUGUUGCGCAAAGAUUGAAUCCGGUCAAACUUUCGAGCCAACAACUCCCAACAUUUCUUUUGUUCCGUGAUCGCCGAAGCACAGCGCAACAAUGGUGGAUCCGUUUGCACAGCUCUUCCAACAUUGUUGGGGCCACGCACGCGCAUUACACAUGGUCUUCAGAGUCAUAAGAGUUGUAUCCUUCCCACUAUGCACUGCAGGUCCCAACAUUGUUGGGAGUUUUUGGGUCCGUUUGCACACCGAUGCCAACACGGACGCAACAACUCCCAACAUUGUUGGUGUGUUGUUGCAUCCGUUUGCAAACCACUGCUAACACAGACGCAACAACUCCCCAACAUUGUUGGUUGUUGUUGCAUCCGUUUGCACACCACUUCCAACACAGACGCAACAACUCCCAACAUUGUUGUGGUUUAAGCAACGACGUCUUUAAGCGACGCAUGUCAACCGGAAGUGGACUUUUUGCACUCUUCAACCGUGAUUUUGGAAACAAUUCUUGAGUAAAUUGUCUCUUUAGCGGAAAACAGACUUCGACGUUUCGAGGUCUCAUUAACACGAUAUAGCUGAAACUCACAUGUUGUGCCUCAGUGAAUGUAGACUGUUUUUUUUCUUGUUGUAGUUUUUGGAAGUUGGUGUCGUUACUGGCAUUGAAGCGAACCACAAACCGCUCCCUGAGGCGCGGAAAGGAAUGGAAGUAUGUGUGAAGAUCGAAUCUCCAGCUGGAGAGGCGCCAAAAAUGUACGGCAGGCAUUUUGAUCAUACAGACCUCCUUGUUAGCAAGGUAAACUCUAUAUUAAACAUGCUUUGUUUGUUUUCUAUUCAUUUAGUAAUUAGACCUCCGGAAAGGACAACCGCCCUAGAGCAACCUCCCGUAAGCGACCACCCAAAGAGAUGUCGCUUAAGCCCGGUUUCCACAUGAUCGCUGCGAUCGCUGAGAUCGCUACGAUUGUUGCGAUCGCUGAAAAAUAGUUCCAGCGAUCGUCGCGAUUGAUGGUUUCCAUAUGAUCGCUGCGAUCGCUGAGAUCGCUGCGAUUGUUGCGAUCGCUGUAAACUAGUUCCAGCGAUCGUCGCGAUUGAUGGUUUCCAUAUGCCCGCUGCGAUUGCUGAGAAAGUAUCGAGGGGACCUGGGUCUGACAACAUCGUUCGCACCAUUCUUCAAAUUCAAAAAAUCCGUCUAGUUUUUAACUCAGCCAGCGCGAUUGCAAACCACGACGUUAUGUUCUAGUACCGCCUCUCUUCCAGAAUCAGACCUUUAAAAGUCUCGCGUGGGCUGUUCUUGUGUUUUUAAUUUUUUUCUCGGCCUGAUCGAGACUCGGGUCGAAUUUUUCCCCAAUUGCUUUCUGGCAAUCGUUUUUCUUGUAUUUGUUUUCAAUAUUCUGUGGAAAAUUUGUUGUCAAGGCAGUCGUAUUUUUGCACUUCUUCUAUAAAAAAGUGUCAAAUCCAGUGGUUUUUUGUUACACGUGGUGGUAUUUUUGCUAUCGCUUCGAUCGCUGGACCGGAGUUUCCAUAUAAUGGGCAAAUAAUCUGCUGGCCACUGACAAAUCACAACAUUUUGCGCAACCUCGUCCAAUAAUCGUAAAGAAAUUAUUCUUUCUCCUUUUUUUAAUUCCACAGAUCAGCCGAGAGUCUAUUGAUGCAGUAAAGAACUACUUCAGAGAAGAUUUACAAAAGUCUGACUGGCAGCUAAUGAUUGAACUUAAAAAAUUAUUUGAAAUACUUUAA